GCGUGGGGGCUGGAGAGAGAAGGAAGAAGGAAGGGGCGAACGGCGCGAGCAGGCGCCGUAAAGGGAAAAAGUGAGAGGGGAGGGGGCGCCGGGAGAGCACCCGGCAGCGAGCGGGCCCUGGGCGGGGGCGCCAGGAGCAGGCACGGAUGGCGGGCCCCACGCGGGGAUCCGGCUGGAAAAGAGCGUAGAGCGGCUCGCACGAGUCCGAGGCCGAUGUACCAGGUGAGCGGCCAGCGGUCCUCUCGCUGCGACGCACCCCAUGGAGCCCCCAGCGCAGCCCCGGGCCCAGCCCAGACCCUAUCCCUCCUUCCUGGGCUGGAGGUAGUAACAGGAUCCACUCACCCUGAGGAGGCAGCGCCAGAGGAGGGCUCUCUGGAGGAGGCGGCAACCCCCAUGCCCCAAGGCAAUGGCCCUGGGGUCUCCCAGGCCUUGGACAGCACUGACCUCGAUGUCCCCACAGAAGCUGUGACAUGUCAGCCUCAGGGGAACCCCUUGGGCUGCACCCCACUACUGCCGAAUGGCUCUGGCCACCCCUCAGAGCUGGGCAGCACCAGACAGGCGGGGAAUGGUGCCCUGAGUGGCCCCAAGGCCCAUCGAAAGUUGCAGACACACGCAUCUCUUGCCAGCCAGGGCAGCAAGAAGAGUAAGAGCAGCACCAAAUCCACCGCCUCCCAGAUCCCCCUCCAGGCACAGGAAGACUGCUGUGUCCACUGCAUCCUGUCCUGCCUGUUCUGCGAGUUCCUGACGCUGUGCAACAUUGUCCUGGACUGCGCCACCUGCGGCUCCUGCAGCUCAGAGGACUCGUGCCUCUGCUGCUGCUGCUGCGGCUCCGGCGAGUGUGCUGACUGCGACCUGCCCUGCGACCUGGACUGUGGCAUCCUGGACGCCUGCUGCGAGUCCGCAGACUGCCUGGAGAUCUGCAUGGAGUGCUGUGGGCUCUGCUUCUCCUCCUGAGCCUCUGUCGGGGACCGGGCCAGCCGGGCACCCCUGCGGAUUCCAGCAGGGUCCCCUGAUUGGGGCCAGGCCUAGGACUGUCACACAAGGCUUCUGAAGGCCCCUUGUCUCUGGUCCUCUCUCACCCACCUAUGUCCUCUCAGAACCCCAGCCUUGAAAAUGGUGGGGGCGUGCUCAGAGGGGCUGUUUCAGCUGUGGGUGGUGGGCCCACGGCAGAGAAGCCUGAACUCUUUAGUGGGUUACCAGGGACACACAUCACCAAAGACCUGGUGGGACAACCUAAGGGCAGGGCUGGGGUGGGGGCUGCAGGGGGCCAGCCAGGGCUACAGAACACUGUGAAAGUUACCUGGGGAGGGUGGGUCGGUGGGGCCGUGGCUCUCUACCUCUCCCUGCUCCUGGCGCCCGCCUCUCUGCACCACCUCGGGCUUAGAGGACAGCAAAUGUGAAAAGAGACGCCCCACCCUCCCUCAGCCAGCCAUCUCCAGUCUCCUAUCCUAGGCUUUUGUGGGGGCCUAACCCGUGCAGUGACCCCAGAAAGCAGGGCUAGGCAAGGCCUUUGGGUAGGGUGGGAGGGGGAACAGUAUGGAAAAGACUGGAAUGGGAAAGGGAGGGAAGGGAGGGAGGGUCUGUUCUAUUUGUUGUUGUAAAUAAAGAUAUUUGUCCGUCUCAG